AUGGCGUUGAAACUCAGCCCACGUGUGCCGUCGGACCGAUCUCCCCGUCCUCGAUAGGUUUUCGACUUCAACUAUGAAUCUGAUGCUCUCUCGUAUGGAUCGCAAUGCUGAGCCAUUUAUGGAACAGUAUCGAAACAACUUCAAUAAGUAUGAAUUUUGACUCAACGCUGCGGCCUGCAGGAAGACAUCAUUACAUCUCAGCUGAUGCGUGCACAUUCUACACGUGUUCUGCCAGGUGUUUGCCAGGUGUAAGUUCUCCGGUAAUAUCUUCGUGACAAACUUCGUCAUUCAAGUCCUCACUGUGGCCAUGGAUGAUCAAGCACACUCGAAAGCGCACGCUCGAAAUAAGACCUUUUAUUGGGAGCUUAUAACUUUCCUGGUAGAAGAUCAGCUCUUCAAAGUCACUCGCCAUAUGUUUGAGGAAUCGUCCGAGGUUUUUUCAACGAUGUUAAGCUUGCCUCAAGGGACGACUUCUCCUGUGGAUGGAUCCGAUGACGAGCAUCCAUUGGUUCUGCAAGGUGUAAAAAGUGCAGACUUUGAGAAUCUUUUGAAGGUGAUGGUACACACGGGACGAGAGUCAGUUCCCAAGCUGAGUCACAAUGAGUGGCUUUCAGCCUUGAAAUUGGCGACGAUGUGGGGGAUGACAAGCAUUCGUCGUAUGGCAAUCAGCGAAAUUACUCAGCUGAAUAACAUGACAGAUGUGGAUCAGGUUAUGCUCGGAAGGGAGUAUGCCGUUGUGGAUUGGGUGAUGUCGGGAUAUCAAGCUCUGACAAAACGAAAAGACGUGAUCUCCAUACCGGAUGCCUCGAGACUUACCUUAUCCACUUGUCUGAAAGUGUGGCAGGCUCAAGUGUCCAUUUUGAACGCGACGGCGUCAUCAGGUUUUGGGUCAGCCCCGGUGGACCGAGGUCCUUUGGAUGAUAUAUUUGCUUCUGAGCUGGACGAGGUUUAUCAAAAAGGUAUAGCUUUGGGGGACGGAAUCCGUUCGCAUAAUCCGAGAUUUUCUCCUCAGACACCGCCGCCAACGGCUUCUGCCAGCUUCGGUGGCUUCAGUGGUACUGGCAGAGGUCGUAGAAGCUAGUCGACGCCCACAAGCUAGCAGUUUGUAAUGCUAAUUUCGUAUACGGUUCAAGAUAACGAAAUGGAUACAGUCCGCCGUUUCUUCGUUCAAAAGGAAAGAAUCGGGCCCGGGGUCCCGGCAGCUGCCGCUACUGGAUUGCAAUUCAGGCUCCGCAAUACUAUCCGUCUUUAAAUAACUCCUGUAAGGCCCGCUCUGGGGCAAAGCCUGCUACGUUCGCUCCUCAUGAAAGUAUCCAUUGUCCAAAAACUACCUCACUUAUACACGAUUGAACCUAAGAGUUGGAAUCAGAGCCGAUGCCAUUGGUGAUUGUGGGUGAAUUGAAUCAG